UUUUUUUUUUUUUUUGCAUUUGCGCCUUUAGUUUUCGUUGGCUCCCUCGAACCGACUUCCCCUUUUGAUUUUAGCGGUUUCACUGCCUUGCUGACCACCGUCCUUAUUGUCCAAUGAAAUCAAGCGGUUUUGUAAAAUGUAUCGUCAAGAACGUUGCCCCUUCGUCUCAUCUUCUUUUGUGCAUAUCAGAUGGCUACCGGAUAUAACUCUCAACCAAAAAUUGAUUGGGGGUGGUGUGACCCAGAAAAAACUCCUUCCAACCUACUUCUUUUAUGAUCUCAUUGGAAAUCAUAUAAAGACAAUUCUGAUUUCAGCAUGCCGAAGACGUAUUGAAACUAUAAGAAAAGUUGUUGAUAAGGUCAUUGUAGGGAUUUGAAGGCUCAAGAACUUCACGUGAUUGCUAUCCUCUAAAGAUUCAAAUCCUCAAUCGACUUUCUCACAUUUCUUUGCAGAUUGGUAGUCAUAUUUUUCCCCUUUCCCUUGCUUAUAUUCUUCUAGCGCCAUUCUUUUCCAUCACCGACUCAUGGUUACUUUCAUCCCUCUAUUCAUUGAUUAAAAUAUCGGUCCUUACCCCCACCGACUCUCAUUUUCUUGAACCACCACUAUUCCCUCUCAGAGGAUUAGAGUGAAGGCGGGCCAGGAAAGCACCAUCAUAGGGUGAAGGCGAGGAAGCUUUCAAAUUUUCUAGGGCUCCUCUCCUCCGCUUCAUCUACUUCUCGGAUUCGGCUUCCCAUCGAUCCGCUAGCAUUGAUUUAGGGAUUAUUUUUCCAGGAAAAGGAGAUUGAGGGUAUUUUGUUGGAAUGGACCAAAGGACAAAUCCAAAAUUGAUAUUUCAAAAAAUGGAACAUAGAAUCGAUUCGUCGGAUUUAGAAGGCGUUCGAGAGAAAAUGAAGACGAUGGUGGAGGUAAGAAAGAAGGCGGUGACGGAAGGAGUUGACUGCAUCAUCCCGAUGAGUAGUACCAGGAAUGUAAGAAAUUUUCAUGAAGCAUGGUUUGCUAAUGAAGAUGCAGUUUGUAAACCUGUUGGCAUGUUGGAUAAUACCAACAUCAAGCCACCAAAAGAUGGAGAGGAAAGUUAGGCUACCUCGUGGGAUUUGCUUUGAAUCGUAUACACUUUAUAAUGUUAACACUGUUGCUUGUGGUCAUCCUUUCUGUAACACAUGUUGUCCAGAUGAAGAUAAGAAGAAAUAUCGUUGUUACCUUCAUAGAUCUUAUAUUGAGGAGAAUAGAAAGUGGUGCCCUGCUACUCCAAAGCCAUCUGAAACACCACUUCAAAAGAACACCUCAUCAUUACCAAAGGCUCCUCCACAGGGUAACACAAUGCUUGUUAUCAAUGUUGUUUUUGCAAGGGAAACUAGCAGAAACUCUGUUGAAACCUUGGAAUUACCAAGUUGCAUAACUGAUGAAGCUUUCCGAGAAGAUGUUUUCUGUUGGUUUUGGCAAUAAAUAAAAUGUAUUUCCUUUUAACAUACAAUGAUACAUAGUUACACUAAUUAACAUCAGCAACAUACUUUAGAAACAAAUACCCUCCAACCCACGCAACGAGAGGGGAUCUUUUCUAGUUUAGGUUGAAAUGAGAAUACUAAUAAGGU